AUGCAGACUAGCAACUACGUAAACGCUUCAGCCUCCAAUAAAGCACGCGAUGGUGAUAUUCAUACAUGUGCUAAGACACAGUAUAUCUCUGAACCAUUCUGGACAAUUUGGUUUGGUUCAACUUUUCGGGUAUAUGAAGUUACCAUAAAGCAUAAUGGGGAUCCAGGUUCAAGUCUUACAGACGCUGAAAUAAGAGUUGGUGCCAACCCAUCUAUUAUACAAAAUGAAUUGUGUGCAAACAGACUUAAAGCGUCUCAAACUGCAAGCUUGUCUUUCACCAUAGUAUGCACAACACCACUGUAUGGAAUGUUUCUCAGUAUCCAGAUCAGAGGCAAGAGACAAACGUUGACAUUAUGUGAAGUGGAAAUUUAUGGCUCAAAAGCUUUAUCGAAUGUGGCUUUGGAUAAACACGCCGAACAAAGUAGUCAGUAUAGAGAUGGAAGCGCUAUCAAAGCAGUAGACGGCGAUACAAGUAGUGAUUACUCUCAUCAUAGUUGUAUGCAUACCCAGUUAGAAUAUGAGCCGUGGUGGAGAGUGGAUAUUGGAUAUAUAUGUGAUAUAUUCCAGAUUGUGAUUACUAACAGACAGGAUUGCUGCAGUGAUAAUUUAAUUGGAGCUGAAGUGAGAGUUGGAAAUAGUGAGUCUCUUAACGAAAAUGAUACAUUAUGCGGCAGAGUGACACGUGACGAAAUACAUGAAGUUGACAUUCAGCUUUCCUGUGAAGUUAAGACGGUAGGAAGAUACGUCAGUGUUCGAAUAAUGGGCAGAAAGGAUCAUCUACAUAUUUGCGAAGUAAAAAUAUUUGGAAAAGGUAUUGAUUUUUUAUAG